AUGGAAUCCACAUACCCCACGGCUCCGGAGCAGACAUUCGUCGAUUCCCCAAUAGACUCGCCUUCGAUAGCUUUGCCGCCCUGGCCUCCAUCCCCAUUGAUGCCGUCGUCAUUGUCGGAGGCGUUGACACCUUCCCAGUCUACAGGGCCAAUUCCUCCCACUACAGAGUCGCCGCCUCCCCUGACUCCACCGAGCCCGGCAAGAUCGCAUGUACCGUCAUCAGGGUCACAUGCAGAGCCACCUCCACAACCACCGGCGGCGGGGAUAAUUACAGGGACAGUGAUUGGUUCAUUGGUAAUAUUGGGAUUAUUAUGUGUGUGUUUGUUUAUAUGGAUAAAGAGGAGAAGGAUCAGACUCUCUGGAUUGGAGGACCCCUCUCCACAGCCACACCAAUCUAAUGCUGAUCAGUUUGGUGGCCCGCCCCAGCAAUGGCAACAUGGCGUUCCUCCUCCAACCAACGGUGGAGCAACGUUGCUUCCAAAGCCAAGUCCGCCCCCUGGAGUUCUGUUGAAUCAGCAAGCAUCGUCCAAUAAUGUCACAUCUCCCCUAUUGUGUUCUGCAAGUGGUACAAGUUUGGAAUCUCAGAGACCAUACCAUGCACGAUCUCCUGCCAUUACCUUGGGAUUGUCACAAAGCACGUUUACACAUGAAGAACUCUCAUUUGCAACAAAUGGAUUCUCAGACUCAAAUCUUCUUGGUCAAGGUGGGUUUGGCUAUGUCCAUAAAGGAGUCCUCCCAAAUGGAAAAACCGUUGCAGUUAAGCAGCUGAAAUCUGAGAGCAGACAGGGGGAACGUGAGUUCCAGGCUGAAGUGGAGGUCAUCAGCCGAGUCCAUCACCGACAUCUUGUUUCCUUGGUUGGAUACUGCAUUGCCGAAGCCCAGAGGAUGCUUGUAUAUGAGUUUGUCCCAAACAAUACACUAGAAUUCCAUUUGCAUGGAAAGGAUAGAAUAACAAUGGACUGGGCAACAAGGAUUAAAAUUGCUAUUGGGUCUGCAAAGGGAUUGGCAUACCUGCACGAGGACUGUCACCCAAAAAUCAUACAUCGUGACAUCAAGGCAUCUAACAUCCUUCUUGAUGACAAUUUUGAGGCCAAGGUUGCAGAUUUUGGACUUGCCAAAAUUUCAUCAGAUGCUGAUAUCCAUGUCUCCACUCGAGUAAUGGGAACCUUUGGAUACCUGGCUCCAGAAUAUGCUGCUAGUGGAAAACUCACUGAGAAGUCAGAUGUCUUCUCCUUUGGUGUUGUUCUUUUGGAGUUGAUUACAGGGCGAAAACCUGUAGAUAAAACUGAGUCUUUCACAGAUGACAGUAUGGUUGAGUGGGCAAGACCACUACUUUUUCAAGCUUUGGAAAAUGGCAACUUUGAUGUCCUUGCUGAUCCAAGGUUGCAGAAGAGUUACAACUCUGAUGAGAUGCUUCGAAUGAUUGCCUGUGCCACAAAUUGUGUGCGCCAUUCAGCUAGGCAUCGGCCUCGAAUGAGCCAGGUAGUUCGGGCUCUAGAAGGCAAUAUUUCUUUGGAUGAUCUGAAUGAGGGAAGCACUCCUGGGCACAGCAGAGCAUUUGGUUCCUUUGCAGGUUCAGGUUAUGAUACUGGCCAGUACAAUAAGGACCUAAAGAAGUUCAGGAAGCUGGCACUAGAGCAAGAAACUAAUGAAUACAGUGGGCCCAGUAGCGAUUAUGGUCAACAUCAGUCAGCCUCAAGCAGUUCAGGCUUGCAAAAUACGCAAGAAAAAUAAUGGGGAAUAUGGAAGGGGAGAUUCACUAAGUUUUGGUUAAAACCUUUGAGUAUUAUCGUGAAUUGAAGAAUGAGGAUUGGCACUUCAUUUGUUGCUUCCUUCACAAAAAUGCACGCCUGAGUCGUUGGUAAAUAUUAUUUGUUGGUAGAUUUUGCUGGUUCAGCGUACAAAUUGGUUUGUUUGUUGAUAUCAGCAAUCUAAUUUAUUUGAGAAAUACGAUUCUCUUGAAUUUUGUAAUUCAAACGGGUGUAAGAUGGAUUCACCUUGGAUGCUAACAUCUACUGAACAAAAGAAAGCCGUAACAUUGGGAGUCUUGAGAAAAGGUGGAAUCUGAAUUUGUCUGGUUUAUUUUGUAAUGACGCAUCAUACAGUUAGAUUGCUGGCAUUGGUUUUCUUGGAGGUAUUGAUGUUAAUAUUAUGAGUGAUGAUGGUGGGUGCACAUGUUUUUGAUAAUGACUAGUCUGCCUCUAUUACUUUUCAGUUUUCAUCGUAUUUAUACAUCAAUGAAAUUGCCAACAUUCUUGUUUA